AUGUCCUUGCUAAGGGCGUAUUCAUCGACGUCGUCGACGAAGUCGGAUCGUUCACGAGCCAUCGCCUGCAUAAGUGGCGGAAUCGCAACCGGAACACUUAUCGGCCCAGCGUUUCAACUUUUAUUCACACCACUGGGGCCUGAUGGAAUAUACGUGUUACCCUUCUAUCGGCUUAACAUCUACAAUUCGUCUGCUCUGUUCUCGUUUCUGUUGAACGUUCUCGGUUUUCUCCUGAUUAUUUUCGUUUUUGAAGAGCGUUACGACGUUCUCAAUACUGCUACUUCGAGGGACAAAUGCGGAAACGUGCCUCUUUCACUGAAUAUAAUGUGUUUUGAUAGAAGUGUCGGGUCACCGUUUUCAAUGUUGAUGUUUUCGUUCAACAAAGAAGAAGCUAUCACUUAUAACUCUUCUGCUCAUUUCGCAGCCGGUUUUGUCGGUGUCAUAUUGUAUUUUGUCUUCAUUUUUUUCGAUCUCUCCAAAUUGAUGGCACCUCGAAUAUGCUCAAUGCUCUCGUUAUUGCUCCUUGCAAGCUUGUUUCUGUUCACAUAUUCGUGGCCAUUUCUACCUAAUAAGGUUGAACUUUCUGUGAACGGGUCUGAUUGGGGUUGUUCCACGGAGCGAUUUGACUGGUGCGACGACCUGACUAUGGUUUCUCCAUGGAUUUACUACACGUUUUACGUUCUAUUCUUUGGCACUGGAAUGUCCAUAAUGAAUAUUGCCGUUACAACUUUGUAUUCGGAAAUAAUAGGACCACGACGACAGGUAUACUUUUAA